CCCACUGAGGUCCAUAGAAAUUUGACAGCUUCACAGGUGAGACAAACCGUCCAGGGGCUGUUUCACUUUUACAUUUCAGUUUUUCUUCUCGGAACACUCUUCACUGUGAGCCUGGGGUUGCCACAGUCAAAAAACAACCACUCGAAGUCAAAUCAUUCCGGCAGCAUGAGCAAAAAGAAAAAGGACUGGAAGACUGAGAAAGAGAGACUGCUCCGUCAGGAUCGGGAGGAGAGACGCAAGGACUACCGUCGUCAAGAUUACAUACCUCUGGACAAGAUCCCAACCUGGAGAGAGGAAAACAAAUCCAAUGAGAAAGAAGAAGGGAAGGAGGUGACGGGCGGAGGAGGUCUGAGUGAUAAAGUUUCUCUCUACAAAGGCGAUAUCACUGUCCUGGAGGUGGAUGCUAUCGUCAAUGCUGCAAACUCCAGUCUUCUGGGAGGAGGAGGAGUCGAUGGCUGCAUACACAAAGCGGCGGGAUCCUGUCUGUAUGAUGAGUGCCACUCACUAAAUGGCUGUGAAACCGGCAAAGCCAAGAUCACCUGCGGCUACGAUCUCCCUGCAAGAUAUGUGAUCCACACCGUGGGCCCGGUGGCCAGAGGUCACGUGGGUCCGACCGAGACCAACGACCUCACCUCCUGCUACCAGAACUCCCUCAGACUGCUGAAGGAGAACGGCUUGAGCACUGUGGCCUUUCCAUGUAUAUCCACAGGCAUCUACGGCUUCCCCAAUGAGCCUGCAGCUGAAAUCGCUCUGAACACGGUGAAGAGCUGGAUAGAGGAGAAUCCUGAUAAGAUCACACGGGUCAUUUUCUGUGUCUUCCUUGAGACUGACUUUGCCAUCUACAAGAAGAAAAUGGCUGACGUAUUUCAAGACAGUGACAUGGAGGUUACAGAGGAGCAGCUGAAGGAAGACAACAAUCCACUGUCUACAAAAUCCAAGGAAGAAAGUGAAGAGAGCAACAGAGGUAAAGAGGAGGAAGGUGAUGAGGAAGAGGAUGACAACGAUGCUGUGGGAAAUGAAGACGUGGAGAUGGAGAGUCAAAACCCAGAUGUUAUGAUGGAAAGCCAGGAUCCAAUUCAAGAAAAGGACAAAGAUGAAAACGAAAACCAAGACAAAGAGGAAGAUGAAGAGAUUGACGACGAUAACAACAAAGAUGAAGACAAAGACGCCGACAACGAAAAAGAGAAAGGUGAAGCUGAAGACAAAGAAGAGGAAGAGCCGCCUGCUGCGAAGACAGAAGACGAUGACACAGCCAAGUCCACAGUGGAGAUGGAAGACGUCACUGAAGUCAACGACACUGGCACCAGCAAUGGAGAAGAGAUAAAAGAUCAUGUCGAGAGCUCAGAGGAACCUGAUUCAAUUCUACCCGACAGCAUUCAGUCCAAAGACCCUGUUGAGAAGAAAGAAUGACCAGCUGAGGGACUGACAAUCAACCUCAUCUGACAGCCAGCAAACUGUGCGAAGCCAACCACACUGGUGUCAGCGCGGCCCAUGUCAGAAUGGGCUCUGACACCGGCCCAGGACAACCAGUUACUCACACGAUGCUCACAUUCCUUCCUUUAUUUAGCCUCUUCCCUCUUUGUUAAGAAAACUACUCACCCCUCAACUAUGUAUGUACUAUAUGUAUAUGUAUGUAUGUACAAAACCUACUUACUAUAGGACUUGAACAUAUCAAGCAGAAAAGAUGAGCCAUACCUCACUGUGUGUUAGAGUCAUUCAUUUUUCAGGCUGCGUGUGGUGAGAUUAAUCAGGUUCAAGUCUUUUUAUUUUCCCACUGUGAGAGUCGGAGAACAAACAGCCACAGAUUAACAUGCUGUAGGUGAUGCUAAACAUCCAUUCUUUUGUUCUUUCAAACCAAAUACCACCACUGAUGACAUUUAACUGAUUACCUGGCUACACGCUGACACCUGCCAUGUCAACUCACACUACACCGCAGCUCCAUCAUUUAGCUUAAUCAGCCAAUAUUUUGAUCCAGGUUACUCUGCAGACUUUCACAUAUUUACACCUCCAAUCACGUCUAAUCCUAACUCAUUUUACCCAGGAAACCGUUCAUCAGCACCCACGCACGCUUAAGAGGAUGUGAGCGUCUUUUCACAAAUCAAUCCCCUCCCUUUUUCGUUGCAGUUUCCUGUGCAUGCCAGAAAAAAAAAUUGCUUUAAAAUUCACCACCACAAACCGGAAAUAAAGUCCUCUUCGCUUUGCUUCUCUCCUUAUCAGAUUGUCUCUAAUUGUAUCGAAGGAAUCUGCCUUAUUUCAUAUCAGUCUAAAAGAUCUAAAUCUCACACCUGAGGAGGUGGUCCAAGUAUGAACCUUUGGUUGUGUAAUGCUUGCAGAUGAUUUGUAACUUUAAGACUUUCAUGUACGGCUAAUAAUUGUCAAUAAUUUUCUCCUCUGUUGAUUUAAAAGGUUUUGGUUUUACUUUAAAUGUGGGUAUGAUUCAUGGAUUAUUUUCAGAGGUGCCAUACUCCAGAUCAGAUGAAUUAAAGUUCUAUGAAAUGAUGCCUUCAUACUUUGAUGUUUGCUUUGCUAAACUAUAACAGAAACGACUAAUAAAGUUUAA